CUUCCAACUGCACUGGAAGCUUCCACUGACCUUUGACACGAUGACGUUAGCAUGACUACGUCACUCGCCCUGGAUGACUGAGCGGGAGGUCGAUAGUCUUGUUUUUCUCAAACAGUUUAUUGUCACCCCUGUGAUAUAUUACCGUCCCAACAGAAAAGAUUCACGACGGUUUAAAAGCUUCGUGGAGCUACACACCAGCAGCGGUGUGUUUUCCGCUCGACAUUUUGUCCGAGCGCACGCAAAGCCUCGCGAGCCUGCCUGCCCCGUGAGAACGCCGUGGCAUGCCAUAUAUGGCACAAGCUCCGCCCCUCGAUUUCUUCACGCGCCGUAAAGCAUUUAUAACGCGAUUCAUUCAUGUCUAGGCCACUCUCUUCGUAGUAAGCAUCGCGGUGGGACGAGACCUGCGCAAGUUCAGUCCGAGUUCUCACGGAUUUGUUCACUCACUACCUGUUUGUAGCGGAUAUCAUCGACACACCUACUCGGAUCUUUGUUCACCAGUUGGAAGAUACUCAUCCCGUCUGCUGUUACUUGUUAUGGCUGAUAGUUUGUGCUUCUAUUCGCCCCAGUCAGAAACUUUUGGCGACCAGAUCGUGCCAGACACAGAUGACUGCUUUCUGGCGCCUGCCGAUGUCUCUCACUCGCCUACACCGCCAACCAUGUGGUAACCGAACUGGAGAAGUACCUGGACUUCAUCCAGCCCCAGACCCCAGGGCUCAAGAAGGCUCGGCGCGAGAGCGCCUCUGUCAUCGACGAGUUUUUUGGCGAGCCCAAGACCCUCGACAACCUUUUGGGCAAGAGCAGCAUCUUGUCGCGCCACCAAGCGGCCGGCGAUAACUUCCUGGCCAUCACGACCACCCCUUCUACCGUCACGACGACGACGACGACCAAGAUGCUGGACACGAUGGACAAGCAGGCUCUGUUCGAGCAGAACGUUCGGCGCGAAAGCUCCUCAGUCGUGGAAGAGUUCUUCAGCUUCGCGGAGCCUGGGGACAAAAUCCUGCGAGCGGUGGCCGCGCCUCACGCGUUGUCGUCGUCAUGGAUAAAGCGGGAGCCCGCGGAGGAGAAGGACAUGGACGUCUUCGACAUCACGUCCACCAUCUACGACUCGGUUGUAGUUCCGGACCUCGGCAGCAGCAGCAGUGGUCUACCAGCUGCCGGCAACACGAGUUCAUCGCUGUGGGAGGAUAUCAGCGCGAGCAUGAACGUCAUCGACAACGUCGAAACCCUCGUCGCCUCCAGUAUGGGCACCACCCCCUCCUGUUCUGGCAAGGUCAAGGCUGAGCCCAUGGACACUAGUGACAAGCCUUCCUGCGUGUUUAGCAACAAGCCCUUGUCGGCACGGACUCACAAUGGAGGACUUGUGAUGCCCUUCUCAUCUCAGAGUGGUGUUGCUGUCCCCAGCCCUCCCUCCUCUUCCUCCUCCGACAGCAUCAGCAUGAACAGAAUGGCCUACCAGGGGCACUUCAAGUCUCCAUUACAUCCCCAGCAUCAGCAUAAUCACAACCACUUUGCCUCCCCCACCCCUCCUGCCUCCAGUUCCGCAGCCGCAGUGGUGCCCUGUGUGUUCCUGCCCCCGACACCCCCCAGUUCGCAGCCCGCCAGCCCCAGCAACGUAGACUUUACGGUGCGGAGGACGCCACCACCCCCCUAUCCCGGAAUGGUGACGUCAGCAGCAGGGGCCGCCGGCGUGCCGCAGGGGAAUAUUCCCCGGCCCGUGCUGAGCUGCUCUCCCGCCCUCCCCGUGCCCUUACCCGCUAUGCCCUCGUCCUCCUCUGUCCGGGCCCGGCCCAACAAACCGCAGAACACGCACCCCGGGUGCUCCACCAUCAAGUACAACCGCAAGAACAACCCAGAGCUUGAGAAACGAAGGAUUCACUUCUGCAGCUUUCCAGGCUGCAGGAAAGCUUACACCAAGAGCUCUCACCUGAAAGCACAUCAGCGAAUACACACAGGUGAGAAGCCCUACAAGUGUCACUUCACCACCUGCCAGUGGCGGUUCGCACGCUCUGACGAACUGACUCGCCACAUACGCAAACACACCGGCGCCAAGCCGUUCCGCUGCAAGGUGUGCGAACGCAGCUUCGCUCGCUCCGAUCACCUGGCGCUGCACAUGAAACGUCACGAGCCCAAGAGCAAGUAGCCUGCACGUGCAGAAAAAAGAAACGAAGACUCGAACGGAGGUAAAAAGGUACGGCAGCCCAAGCUUGCUCCGCGAAGCUCGGAUCCGGUGAUGCGUGAGCGACGCUGGCUGCUCGUCCAUAACAAGCGAUGAUGACGACGACGACUUCCCACUCGCCAACGGACUUAUGACGUCAGGCGCUUGAGUGACGUCAUGUAUUUUUAGGGUCUCGAGGCUCCAGACCUGGAGAGCGAUACCCUCAUCCCCGGACUGAGAUCGAGCGACUCCUUUUGCUCGUUGACUGACUGGCCAGCUGUUUGCCAAGCUGAUGCCAAGCUUGUUUUAGCGCCGUGCUGGACUGGAACUGUUCUGAGGAAACGUGAUAGGCGCGCGUGCGUGUGUGUGUGAGUGAGAGAGAGAGAGAGGAAAGAGCUUGCUUCAAAUAGUGACUUUGAAAACUGAUGCAAGAGUAGAAGCACAAGUUGUUAAUUGACUGGAAUCAACCCUAUGUACACUCCCCCGCCCCAAUUACUCCUCUAUUUUUGACUUGAGGAAUGUGGGUACAUGUGAUGCGCCUCGUUCUCAAACGUGACGACCGUUAUUGUCAGCAUUUUAUUGUGACCCUCCACCCCUGCGGUGUGUGGACAUAUAACCCUUCAAUACCCCUCCCCCAAUCCUUUUUCUCUAAACCUGUAAAAAAAAAUAUAGAUGCUACUGCCAAAGGGACUCACAUAGUAGUCACACCGUAUGGACCAUGUUGUUGUACGCCUUGGCACUGAGAUCCGUGCCCAGAUGGCACUUAUUUAUUAAUUUUAACUUUAACAAAGAGUUUGACUUGUUUGUGAACCUGUAGUUAGACGUGGGUGCACGUGCAGCCAGCAGUACAAUGGAGGUCGUUUAAAUCCAAGCCUUAAAUAUCAACUCCCGUCGGGUCCUGACAGUCAUCGUGACUCAACCGUUCGCUCAUGAGGUCCCACGUGAUGACGAGUGGUAUUCGGCCUCGGUAUCCAAAUUCCCAAGUCAAGGAAAUGAAACGAUCACAUUAACAAAGGUGGAGAACCUAAAUAAUUAUGGUCAUAUAGACAUUGGGUAAUUUAAAUUCAACCCGCUCUACGUCAAUCCCUUAUUUUUGUAUUUUGUUUUAAUGUGUGCUUUUUUUUUUGGCUUCUUUUUUUCUUUUUUUUUAACCCGGGAAUCUUUUCAGACGAGUCGUGUUUCUCGUUGUCAUGGUGCUAAAAAGAAACAGAUCAAAUUUCAUCAUCUUCGACAAAAGCACACGCCCACAUACACACAUACGAUUGUCCCUUCAUCUACCAACUCAAGAGCUGUGUCUGAAGUGGUUGCUAGCUUAGAUUAUCUUCUUCUGCUGCUUCCGUGACUUGUGGCUGUGUCCUGCUCAUAACACCCAUUCGAGGUUGUGAAAUUUUAUAACAGUUCUUUUCUUAUUUCUGUUGGUCGGCUAACAUUCGCAGAUCGCCUUUUAUUUUUCAUCCACGUAGGAGCUAAAACUUGUCCAUGUUGGCUCCUUCCACAACCACCACCAGCCCUCCCUUGUCACACAAACUGCCUGCUGACCGAACGCACAUAAUUCAUUGACCUGAGGAUGUCUUGACCUCAACAGCCGGUGGCUGGAAGAAGGACAUGUGUUCGUUGCCAUCAGUCGGGCGACAGUGUGAAGACGAAGUCCACGUGUCUUUUGAAAGAUGAUUUUGUAGUCAUACACAUCUGUUGUUCCCUUCCCCAACCCUGCACUGUCACAUCGUUACUGUGUGGUGACCCAUCACAUCACAACAUUGUGAUUGUUUCUACCCAGUCGUCAGACUUAACCAUCUUCACAUUGUCAAUUUUUCCAGUCUAAUAACAAUGCAUUUGAUUUUAUUUUUGGACAAAAAAGGAUUUAUUUGCGGUUGGGUUUCGUAUUUUUUAUAUAAAAACAUUGUUCGACAUGCACGCCUUUAUGGAAAAAAGUUUAUGUGUAUAUAUAUACACACACAUAUGUCAAUAAAUCAAAUGUGACAAAUUAAAAAA